AUGUCGAAAGUAGUGCACGUUAUCGAUGUCGAAAGUGGGAACCUACAGUCCCUCAGAAAUGCAAUUGAACAUUUAGGUUACGAAGUUAAGUUAGUCUGUAAACCUCAAGAACUGAUAGAUGCAAACCCAGAGAGGCUGAUCAUGCCUGGUGUGGGUAACUAUGGCCAUUUUGUAAACGAGUUGUUUUCUCGUGGGUUUGAACAACCAGUGAAGGACUAUAUUAGUUCAGGAAAACCAAUUAUGGGAAUUUGUGUUGGUCAACAAGCAUUAUUUAGUGGUUCAGUGGAAUCUCCAUUGAGUAGUGGGCUUGGAUAUUUGCCUUACACUUUAUCUCGGUUCAAUAACGAGAAUGGUAAGACCGUUCCUCAGAUUGGUUGGAAUAGUAUCACUGAGGAUAGCCCCUUAUUUUAUGGCAUGGAUCCAUACAAACGUUACUAUUUCGUUCAUUCAUAUGCUAUGAUUUUGACACCUGAGAUUGAAGCUCAAUUGAAACAAGAUGGUUGGUCCAUCGCAAAGGCUAAAUAUGGCAACGAAGAGUUUGUUGCUUCAUUAACAAAGGGGAAUAUCUUCUCUACUCAAUUCCAUCCUGAAAAAUCUGGUCAUGCAGGUUUACAUGUCAUUGAUUGUUUCCUACAACAAAGAAAAUCGGAACCUUUACCUUCUUAUACAGAAUUACAAAGACAAUCUUUACAAAAUGAUUACAGUAACAAUGGUCUAACAAGGAGAAUUAUAGCAUGUUUGGAUGUACGUACCAACGAUCAAGGUGAUUUGGUUGUGACAAAAGGUGACCAAUACGAUGUUCGUGAAAAGGAAAACGGGCAAGAUGUUAGAAACUUAGGGAAACCAGUGGAAUUAGCUCAAAAAUAUUACGAGCAAGGUGCAGAUGAAAUUACAUUCUUAAACAUUACUUCAUUUAGAGAUUGCCCAUUGAAGGAUACACCAAUGUUAGAAGUACUAAAGCUUGCCGCAAAGACUAUUUUUGUUCCAUUGACAGUGGGUGGUGGGAUUAAAGAUAUAAUAGAUACCGAUGGUACUAAAGUACCUGCUGUGGAAGUAGCAAAUCUAUAUUUUAGAUCUGGUGCCGAUAAAGUUUCCAUUGGGACCGAUGCUGUAUACGCAGCUGAAAAGUUUUACGAAGCAGAAGGUAAAUGCGAUGGUACCACUCCAAUCGAGACAAUCUCUAAGGCAUAUGGUGCUCAGGCAGUAGUGAUAUCGGUUGACCCUAAACGUGUAUAUGUCGACGCGCCAACACAGACCAAGAAUCGUUGUUUCGAGACAGCUUUCCCAGAUGCUCAAGGACGUACCUGGUGUUGGUAUCAAUGUACCAUCAAAGGUGGUAGAGAAACAAGAGAUCUAGGGGUGUGGGAACUGGCCCAAGCUUGUGAGAAAUUGGGUGCAGGUGAAGUCCUGCUAAAUUGUAUUGACCGUGAUGGGUCCAAUGCAGGUUAUGAUCUGGAAUUAAUUAGACAAGUCAAAGAAGCCGUUAGUAUCCCUGUGAUCGCCUCAAGCGGUGCAGGUAAACCAGCAGAUUUCGAACAAGGGUUCAAGGAGACAACUGCUGAUGCAUGUCUCGGUGCUGGGUUAUUCCAUAGGGGAGACUACACCGUAAAGGAUGUUAAGGACUACCUUUUGGCCCACGGCUUAAAAGUCAGAGUCGAUACAAAGUGA